CCCAACAACUGUGAAUCAGCUCUGUUACUUGCUUUCCCUGUUUUCAUAUCAAAAGAAUGGGCAAGAAGCGAGUGAUGUUGCCGGUGGAGGAAGUUGACUUGACGGCAGUCAAGUAUGAACAUGAAGCCAUACAAGCUCCUCAUUUAACAGGGUUUGCAUUGAAGUUGUUCGUUUGGUUGCUUGAAGCUCCACUUGUAGGGUCUUUAAUCCUGUCUUUAUUGAAGAAGCAGAACAGAACGGAUGAGGAGUUGCGGAGGACUGUGAUUCCAGAAAAACCCAUGUUUAAACCUGAGUUCCCACCUCAAGAAAAGGAACCUGGUAUAAUUGUCAUGGAAGAAGAUAGCGGCGCUGGUGAUCGUGUUGAAUUAGCUUUGAAGUGCCUUCCUCCUUAUGAUCCUGCUCUUCACUGGUCUGGCGACUCUUUUCCAUUUUUGUACUGGAAGAUCCGUGAUUAUGCACAUGCUUAUCGAUCUGGACAUGUAACUCCAUUAAUGGUUGCAGAGAAAAUUAUCCCAGUCAUGGAGGAGUUCAACAAGAGGAAGCCUCCGAUGCCAUUCUUGAUCAGCUUUAAUGCCGAGGAACUGAGGACACAAGCUGCCGCUUCUACACAGAGGUUUGAGGAAGGAGAACCACUUUCUAUUUUGGAUGGCAUUUUCAUGGCAAUCAAGGAUGAUAUCGACUGUUACCCUUAUCCAACUAAGGGUGCAACAACAUGGUAUCAUGAGGUCCGUCCUGUUAAAGAAGAUGCAGUUUGUGUUUCAAAAUUGAGGAGCUGUGGUGUAAUUUUUAUAGGGAAGGCAAAUAUGCAUGAGUUGGGCUUUGGGACUACUGGAAACAAUCCAAAUUAUGGAACAACGAGGAACCCUCAUGCACUAGAUAGAUAUACUGGCGGAUCUUCUUCUGGCUCAGCAGCAAUUGUAGCUUCUGGACUAUGUUCAGCUGCACUAGGAACAGAUGCUGGAGGUUCAGUUCGAAUUCCUUCUUCACUUUGUGGUGUAGUGGGCUUGAAAACAACAUAUGGGCGGACUAACAUGAAAGGAUCACUCUGUGAUUGUGGGACUGUGGAAAUCAUUGGACCAAUUGCAUCCACAGUUGAGGAUGUCAUGCUUGUGUAUGCAGCAAUAUUGGGCUCCUCUCUUGCUGAUAGAAUCAGUUUGAAUCCGUCCCCCCCUUGUUUGCCAAAUUUGACAUCACAUGAAAGUUCAAAUGCUUUAAGAUUACUACGACUCGGAAAGUAUACAGAGUGGUUUAAUGAUGUGUACUCAACUGAUAUUUCUGAUAAGUGUGAGGAAGUUCUUAAUCUGCUUUCACGAACUCAUGGAUGUGAAACUAUAGAGAUUACAAUACCGGAGCUGCAUGAGAUGCAAACUGCCCAAGUUGUUUCAUUUGGUUCUGAAUCACUAUGCACAUUAAAUCCCGAUUGUGAAGAUGGGAAAGAUGCUCAAUUGGCACUUGAUACUCGCACUAAUUUGGCACUUUUUCGGUCCUUAUCUGCAUCAGAUUAUGUCGCUUCCCAGCGUAUUAGGAGAAGGAUCAUGUACUAUCAUAUGGAGAUUUUCAAGAAGGUUGAUAUCAUAAUAACCCCAACAACAGGCAUCACAGCGCCUGUAAUACCUCCAAGCUCUCUCAACCUAGGGGAGUCAAAUUUACAGGUUACAGGAUAUCUCAUGCAGUUUGUAGUAUCAGCCAAUCUUCUUGGACUCCCUGCCAUAUCUGUCCCUAUCGGUCAUGACAAACAAGGUCUUCCAAUUGGCUUGCAACUGAUAGGCCGUCCAUGGGCUGAAGCUUCAAUCUUGCGUUUAGCUUCCGCUGUGGAGGAACUCUGUGCAGAUUCUAGGAAGAGGCCUUCGACCUUUUAUGACGUCCUGAAGGGGAAUUAGAGCGUUGUAGAACAUUACUGUGUUGUCUGACAGAAUCAUUAUAAGAAUCUACCCCUUCUCCAUAGGGUGCACAAAAGCACUUGUAUUUUUUGAUGUUUGUUCUUAUGAAUGCCUGGUGGACUAUAUUCCCUGCUGUGCUCCAAAAUAAUCUGUUUUCCAUUGAAAAUUCCAGGAUAUGCCCAGUAGAAAUUCAAUGAUUCAUCCACUUUGAGUUU